CCUGACACACAAUUUUAAAAAAAAGAUCAAUAAAAACAUGCAAAUAUAAAUAGAGAGAAGACGUGAAUUCGUGAAUAGUUUUUUGGCCGGCGUGACGUAAAGAUAAUUAAAAUCUAUGUUGAUAUCGUAACAAGAUAACAUUAUCUAUAAUAUUUUAUCUGAAACCUAUGGCAUUUCUUAAUUCAUUCUUGUGUAAAAACAAACGAACACACAAUAUUAUGGAUCGUAAUGAUUUGGUAAAUUCUUUUGAUUUAAAAAAAUCGGAAGAUUUUUUAAGAAAUCAUUGCGACAUCGAGUGUUUGAGCGAAUUUUUCGAGAAUUUGUUGCAAAAAUGGAAACAAAAAUGGAGGAAUUUCGAUGAUUGCAGAGAAGAUGUUAAAGAAAAAAUCGAUAUUGCUUUUGACGAGUUAUCAAUGAGGGAUUAUUUUAAUGAUAUUUAUUUAGAUUAUUUAUAUGUAGCUUUAGAAUGUAUUAUUUUGAAUCGAUUACACGACAAAAUCUACUCAUUAAUUUCUUUCGAUCACGACGAAAUUGAUAAAUUAUUUUACGAAAAAUGUAAACGUCUUUCUGAUAAAGAUAUAACAGCAGAACAAUUAGGAGCACCCCCAGAUUAUGCAAUCCCUUUAUUUGCAGCGGUUGUUGAAUUUUCCAAUUUGGACGUUAGAAAAAGCCCAAUUGAGAAAGUUAAUUGCCUCUGCACGACUUAUGACUUAAUUUUUGCCGAGUUAAAAUCAGGUAUAAUCGAAAUUAUCUCAAAAUCAGAUAUGGAAAAUCAAAUACCAGUUAUUGAGAACAAAGAUAUCGUCCCGAUUUUAAUGGCUGUGAUUAUAAAAUCGAAAAUAAUUCAUUUACACUCCAAUAUGUAUUACAUUGAACAUUUUUUAUGGAAAUUACAAAAUUCACAAGACGUCCAAAAUACAAUUUCCAAUUUUAAAGUAGCAAUAGAAAAGAUAUCAACAUUAAGCGAUGAAGAUUUAAAACCAUGUGAUGGAAAAAUAUGCAAAGAAAUGGAUUCUUUGAAAAUGAUGCAACUCAUGACCACCGAAGAAAAGUAUAAAAAAGACGAAAAAAAAUCUUUAGUAGAAAAUCACGUACAUAGAAUUUACAAUUUAAUUUUAACAUCAACAACUUGUAAAUUAAAUUAUUAAAUAAAUUAAAUAACACAAAGUAAAUCAUCUCAUUUAUGAUGUCGGUAAUGCAGAACGCUGUAACUUAAUUUAUGACGAAAAUAAAUUAUUUUUUAAUA